UUCCCUGUUUAGCACUGUCCUUAACACGGUCAUCAAAUGACGGCUAGCUCCAGUAUUGCAAAAAACGAGCUUUUGUUAUUCGUCGGUCUUCUAUAUUGUUUCAAUUUGGAGAUCUAGUCUUAUAGUUGUUUUCGUAAUGCUAGAACCAUGCCGCUUAAGUUAUAAAAGCAUGCAACGUUAGAAAUCGUGAAACAUUUCUUACUUUUCCUGAUGUCGACAAUCAACGCGUUUCAGCAUAAUACUGACUGGGCUAUUUUUGGCACAGAGAUUCAGUGGUCAUGCGCUCGUCUAGACUGUUUUGCUUCCUUCACUUAUUUACCUACUCAUUCGUCAAGCAUGCUUUUUUGUUUAGGUGUUUUAUUUAUUCUAAUAUUGUGUAGAGUAGACGGGACAAUCUUUCCUUUAAUGUCGAUUUUGUAUAAAACAUUUGCGCAAUUAAACGACCUAAGAGCCCGUCGUGGAAAUGUCCACUAGGAACGCAUUUCGUCACUGCCGUAUUCUGUCGUUUUUUUCCCGCCGUUGGAAAGGAUGGUGAUACCCUCUGUGCAGUGUUGACGAACAGGCUCGUAUGAAAAGGACAGAAGGCACAGCAAUAUUUCUAAUGAUGGCAGCUGGCCUAAUGACCUUUGAGAGACAUUCCCAAAAUGACUACGUAUUGCCAAGCGACCGAGAAAUUAUUUGCGGUAUCUAGCUCGAAGUACCUUGGCUCAAGAAUUGAAACAAUUAACUAGCGAAAUGUACUUUGCGCAUAAUAUCAGUGAUACGUUGAUUCUAGAUGGCGCAGGUGACCAAAAUAAGCCAAGAGGUAUUUCUUGUUCAGAUUCUUGUUCUUGAUUGUAGAACAGAUUCAUUUAGGUCAUGAUAUCCCUUAUGUAUUGAAGAACUCAACUCGGAACAGGACUUUGGUAUGCACCAAACAAAUCCUUACGCGUCUCGAUCGUGUAUGUUUAAGUGAUUACGUACAGAGCAGACAAAAUCUUCUCAAAAAUUGAAAACUGACGCGACUGACACCUAUAUGCGGGUAGGGGAAAGAGGAAAAGUUAUUCAUCAACUAACAUUUAUCAACUAACAGCCUUGCAGAUUCGUAAAUGUUUUAUUUAGGGAACUGUUUUGAUCUGAUGCUGAUCGACUAAAUUACACAGUCACAAAAUGACCUCAAAGGAAUACAAGCUGUUUUUCAUAUCUCUUGUUCCAAAAAUUACUGCUAUCUAAUGAAUUGAACAGUAAGAUUUACUUAUAUAAGGUCCGACCUGUUCGUGCACAGUAUGUCAAGUACGUUGUCUCAACAGUACUUUGUUACUGAGUGUGUUAGUUAUGCAAAAGGAAGUCAAACUGACGUAUUUACACUGAGAAAUUGAAUAAAGCAUUUCUAAACGCUUAAAAAAUCUUAUUGAUAAGAAAACGGUACACAUGACUGCAGUGUUUUAUUCAGAUGCAGCAAAUUUAGGCUAAACAAGCCCAUACCCAGAACCAUCCUGACAUGGUAAGUAACAAUUAUUUUUUUUCUAUGAAAUUAUACUUUUGUAUAAAAACUUUAUUCGAUUCUGUAUUAAUAGAGAAUUGAUAUAUACGUACACACCUGGCGCGAUAUUAUAACAUUAAUAGUAGCACUGUUUCAGAUCAGUAAAACAUGCUCAUUGUCUUCUUAUGUUUUGUCAUUUAUUUAUCAAAUAUCAUUUAUUUAGGAACCCCGCCAACGGAACCUGUAAAUAUGGCUGGAACUCUUCGUAACGUAGGCCGUCUAGUUCCCAAUCGUUCAGCUCUUUUUCUGUGUGAUCUUCAGGAAAAGUUCAGACCGAUAGUCCAAUAUUUCCCUGAAAUAGUCGCCAUAUCCGGUCGAAUGCUGCACGCCGCUAAGGCGCUCAAUAUGCCCGUCAUUAUCACCGAACAAUAUCCGAAAGGUCUCGGCCGCACCGCUGCUGAAUUGGGCAUUGAUAAAUAUUUGGAUAUUAAGCCUGUCGAAAAAACUCAGUUCUCAAUGUGUACUCCAGAAAUCAUCGGAUUAAUGAAGUCAAAAUAUCCGGAUGUGGAUACGAUUAUUCUUUGCGGUAUUGAGGCUCAUGUCUGUGUUCAAAACACUGCCCUCAAUCUUCUGGAGAACAAUUUCAAUGUACAUCUCGUUGUUGAUGCGUGCUCUUCGAGGUCGCUUGUAGACAGAAUGUAUGCUUACGACCGAAUGAAGUCUUCGGGAGUGUUUUUGACGACAAGCGAAGCUGUCAUUUUGGGAUUACUUGGCGGAUCCUUACAUCCGAAAUUCAAAGAGAUUCAAGAGCUCAUCAUGAAGUCUGCGCCGGACACUGGCCUGCUCAGCAUGAGGUCUAGAAAUUGACUUUGACGAAGACUAUUACGGUUUUUGUGUACCUCAGGCACUACAGAUAAGCUGCAAACACCGUAGAUAGAGUCUGUGCAGCAAGAUAAAAAACGCAAUGAGUUAAAUCAAUUUGUAAAAGCUAUUUCGAACAAAUACGUAAAAAAAUAGUAAACAAAUACUUUACUGAAAAAAGCUCACUAAAUAAAAGAGAUUUUCCAGAAUCGUAUCUGCUC